AUGACUGUAUCUGUCCCUGACAACUUCAAAGGUUUCGCCGUUGACGGCCAGGCUAACUGGAACAAGCCAAAGUUGGUCUCCUACCCACGUAAGGAGAUCAAGCCCACAGACGUGGUUCUCGAGAACAUCUGCUGUGGUCUCUGUGGUACCGAUAUCCACGCCACCCAGGAGAACUGGGGUCCUGUCAAGAGAAAGGACUUGGUUGUUGGCCACGAGAUCAUCGGUAAGGUAAUUGCCGUUGGUGAUGACGUCAAGGACGUCAAGGUUGGCCAGCGUGUCGGUGUGGGUGCUGCCAGUAACUCGUGCUGCGCUUGUUCUCGUUGUGACAACGACAACGAACAAUACUGUGGCAAGGGUGUUCCAACCUACAAUGGUGUGGACAAUUUCGCUGACGGAUACGUCACCCAGGGCGGUUACUCUUCCCACUCCAUUGCCAACGAGAAGUUUGUUUUCCCAAUUCCUGACGCCUUGGAGUCCGAGGAGGCUGCUCCAUUGAUGUGUGCUGGUUUGACCGUCUACUCUCCUUUGGUCAGAAACAUCGGCCACCUCAAGAACCCAACCGUUGCCGUGGUUGGUAUUGGUGGUUUGGGUCACUUGGCCCUUCAAUUCGCCAAGGCUUUGGGUGCGGAGGUGUACGCCUUCUCCCGUUCUUCUUCCAAGAAGAAGGAGGCUGGCACUUUCGGUGUCGAUGGUUUCGUUGCAACCGCCGAGGAGUCUGACUGGUCAGACAAGUACCACGACAAAUUCGACUUGAUCUUGAACUGUGCCUCCCGUGUGGAUGGAUUCGUCUUGGAUCAGUACCUUAACACCUUGAAGGUUGACGGUCGUUUCGUCUCUGUCGGUUUGCCUCCAGCUAAGGAUAAGUUUGAGGUCACUCCAUUCUCCUUCUUGUCCAAUGGUGGCUCUUUCGGUUCCUCGCUUUUGGGCUCCAAGACUGAGGCUCUCGAUAUGUUGAAGUUGGCAGCCGAGAAGGGUGUUAAGCCAAUGAUCGAGAAGAUUCCUAUUUCUGAGGAAGGCUGCAACACUGCUUUGAGCAGAUGUGACAACGGUGAUGUCAGAUACAGAUUUGUUUUCACCGAUUACGACAAGGCCUUCGCCUGA